UUUAUUCUUAUACACCGACGACUGUGCAAUGUGCAUAAGCUAUGAUUGAUAGCGUCAUAACCAUAUACAGUCUUAAAAAUAGUUUAUCAUGGAUUCAAACGUAUAACGUAUGUCAAAUUCGCACAAAUAAAUUGGGAGCUUCAUCCAAUUUUUGGUAUAAGUAUGGAUCCAGUUGAUCGUAUUGGAAUUAGUCAGAGAACACUAUCGAAGAGAUGAAGUUCAAUUUAGUAGCUGUCUUGCUUUCAUUAUUCGCGCUCGGCCUAUCUCAUCAGGACACUAGUGUAGAUGACAAAUCACAUGGUAUUCAGCUCGUCUCUCCGAAGGAUAAGACAUUUGACUUGAAUGAAGCCGGAUUAAAUUUCAUCCUGAACAAUAACGACUUGAAAGAUCGCCACCUCGUUGUCAUUUCAAUCGCUGGUCCGUAUCGACAGGGUAAGAGUUUCUUACUCAAUUUCUUCAUAAGAUAUUUGAACGCACAGUACAAGAAACAUGAUGCAUCGAAUUGGCUUGAGGGCGCUGGGCCUCUAGAGGGAUUCAAGUGGCGAAAUGGCCAGAAACGUGAAACAAUGGGCAUCUGGAUUUGGUCAGACAUUUUCACUCACGACUACGAAGACGGGCGGAAAGUAGCGAUCAUCCUAAUGGAUACGCAAGGUGUAUUUGAUCAUCAAACGUCUACAAUAACAAACACUUUUAUUUUUGGCUUGAGCCUAAUGAUGUCCUCAGUUCAAUGCUACAAUUUGAUGCACAACAUCAAAGAGGAUAAUUUACAAAGUCUACGAUUGUUUAGUAAUUAUGGCCAAUUAUCUCUCGACAAAACAUCCGAAAAGUCAUUUCAAAAACUGUUGUUCAUCGUACGAGACUGGCCAUUUGCAUUUGAAUCUGGCUAUGGUUGGAAUGGAACGAAAACUGUUGAAGAAAUUCUUGAUUAUUCAGAAGAUCAGGCAGCUGAAAAUAUCGAAUUGAGAAAACAGAUAAAAGAGAGUUUUAUGAAAAUCGAAGGAUUUUUGAUGCCGUCACCAGGAAACGUUGUGGCCUUAGGGCGUGAUUUCAGAGGAGAUUUAAAUCAAAUCAACCCCAAUUUUAAAACAUAUGUGAAGAUUUUGGCAGAAGAACUUCUUUCGCCCGAUAAACUUAUCGUGAAAAAAAUCGGCGGCCAAGAAUUGACAACUAAGGAUUGGGUGCGAUAUUUGCAGUCAUAUGUGCAGAUGUUUGAAAGGGGCGAAAUACCAGAGCCGAAAGACGUUUUCCAGAUGAUCUUAGAAGCGAGCCAUAGAAAACUAUUCGACGAUUCCUUGGCGAAAUAUGAUAAAAAAAUGUUCGAUGCUCUUAGUCAUUCAAAUGGAAACCGUUUCAGCAAAAAUGAAUUCAGGCAAUUUCAUGAAAAUACAAAAAAUGAAAUAUUCAACGAUUUUGAAAGUGUUCCCAAGUUUGGUGACGAUGUAUCCACGUCAUCUCUUCGAGAAAAAAUUGACAGAGCCAUUGAAGGGAAAUUCUGGUAUUUCAAAAACCAAAAUGAUAAAAUUCUCACUGAAUAUUUUGCUGGACAAAAUCGUAAUUCAAAAGAAAAAAUCGCAGGCGAAAUGCAAGAUUUUACUUGGGAACUUACAAGAAAUUUGCAUUAUACCAGAGAACCGGCGAAAAUCCUUGAACGAUUUUAUAUAGCAAAGACAAACGCAUUGAACCGGUUUGAUGAUAGUGUGAUAGGCGAACAUGGGGAUGCUUCUAACAUUCGCGAUAGCCUUGAGGAAGGGUUGAAUUCUUUGGAGAACCAACUGAGACAAAAAGUCGAUGAAAAACAAAGAGACUUGUCGGAACAAAAUAGAUUGCGACAUGAAAUGUAUAGAGAAAGAAUGAGGACAGAAUAUGAAAGACAACAGUCUCCAAGCUUUGGUAAAAUUCUUAGAUGCGUGUUUACCUUUGGUUAUCAUUGUUGAGUUCCUGUUAUGCCAUAAACUAUUGAUGCUUUGCGGAUCCAAAAUAACAAAAACAACAAGAUCAUACUGAAAGAAACUAGUGCCAAUAUUUUGGACCAAUUCUAAUAGCAAUUUAGUUCGUGGUUUCAUAACAGAAUUAGUCAGUUUUUCUGUCUUCUAUAUUCGAGAGAAUACAAUGUAUCGACUAUACAAUGCCGUCAAAACGUUUGGACCUUCCUGCAUAUUCAUUUUUUUUCCAUUGUUUCUAUCUAAAUAAUUUUUAAAUGUAUCCAGAACCUACUAUGUAUAAAUAACAUACAUGUAGCUCUUGUGUGAGCUUAUAUUUUGCUUCAAAUGAUAGUCAAUUGAUUCAUCUUAACAAGUAUGCAAUCAAGAAAAACAACGAAAA